AUGCUGGGUGCUUGGGUAGCAGCACUUUUUCUGAUCUGUACUGUAUAUGGUGGACAGGUCUGUUACGACAGGCUUGGAUGUUUCCCUGAUGAACCUCCUUGGUCUGGGACUAUAGAAAGACCAAUUACAAAAUUACCAUGGAGUCCUGACAAAAUAAAUACACGCUUUUAUUUAUUUACUCCACAAAAUCCUUCAAGUUACCAGGAAGUCAGUGCUGUAAAUCCUUCAACAAUUUCUACCUCCAACUACAGAGCAAGCAGGAAAACUCGUUUUGUUAUUCAUGGAUUUAUUGACAAAGGAGAUGAAAACUGGCUAGCUGAUAUUUGCAAGAAAAUGCUGGAAAUAGAAGAUGUAAACUGUUUCUGUGUGGACUGGAAGAGUGGAUCACGCUGUCCAUAUACACAGGCAUCCAACAAUAUUCGUGUGGUUGGAGCAGAGGUUGCAUACUUCAUUGAUGUUCUGCAGUCUAAUUUUGGACAAAACCUUUCUAACGUUCAUGUAAUCGGACACAGCCUUGGGGCACAUGCGGCAGGAGAAGCAGGGAAAAGGAAACCUGGCUUAGCAAGAGUGACAGGCUUAGAUCCUGCUGAGCCUUAUUUCCAAGGCACCCCGAUUGAGGUGAGGCUUGAUCCAACCGAUGCAAACUUUGUGGAUGCCAUCCAUACAGACGCAGCACCCAUGAUUCCCUAUCUUGGCUUUGGAAUGUCUCAGGCUGUUGGUCAUAUUGACUUCUAUGCAAAUGGAGGAUAUCAAAUGCCAGGCUGUGACAGAAAUGCCAUUUCACAGAUAGUGGACAUUGAUGGAAUCUGGGAAGGAACACGUGACUUUGUUGCUUGUAAUCAUUUACGAUCAUACAAGUUCUACUCUGAUUCAAUCACCAAUCCAGGUGGCUUUGUUAGUUAUCCAAGUUCUUCGUACGAUGCAUUUGAAAGUGGUACUGGCUUUCCAUGCUCAAGUUCUUGCCCCAAGAUGGGUCAUUUUGCGGAUAGUUACAAGGUACCAUCUGGCACUGUAAAUACUAAAUUUCACUUAAAUACUGCUGAUGCAAGACCAUUUGCAAGAUGGAGGUUUAAGGCAACUGUGUAUAUAGUUGGUGAUCGUGAAACUCCUGGCUUCAUAAAUGUGGCUUUCUAUGGAACUAAUGGAAACUCCAGGCAAUAUCGUAUUGUCAAGACAAGUCUUAGACCCGGAAAAUCAUAUGCCAAUUUUGCUGACAUAGAACUGGAUCUUGGAGAAGUUACAAGAGUUAAAUUUUUGUGGAAUAAUGAUAUAGUAAAUCCACUAUUUCCAAGACUUGGAGCUGAAAAAAUUGUAGUACAACGAGGAAGUGAUGGAAAAAUGUAA